UAUUAUUGUUUUGACUUGUAUCUUUACCUUUAGGCUGCAUCUGGGACUAAGGGUGGUUCAAGUGGUUCCCCAGUGAUUGAUUGGCAAGGCAGGGCUGUGGCCUUGAAUGCUGGCAGCAAGUCUUCUAGUGCUUCUGCAUUUUUCUUACCUUUAGAACGAAUAUGGCCAGGGGUAAAGGUAAAGAAGAUGCACGUAAUGCUGAUCGUGGUGUUUUAACGGGUACAGGUAGAGGCCGAGGCCGAGGUGAUCCAGAAAUUAUUCGUGGUCGAGGCAUUAUAACCACUGCACCUUCUUCAGUUGACUUUAGAGCCCCAGCACUUACUCCAACAACCCCUGUAUCAUACUCAGCCCCUGCAGCCCCUCCACUUACUCCAGUUGCCCCCACUGCCCCAACUUCUUCAAGUUCUAUUCCGGGAUCGAGUGCUAGUCGAUCUGCAUCCUCAUCCUCAUCACAUGCUACUAGGACCUACUGUUAUGUGCAUGCAAGUGGAAAUCUUAUGCCUUCUGAGAAGACAUCUGGUGCCUGCACAAAGAUCUUUCAAAAGUACAAUGUGGAGGAGGGUUCUUCCUGGAAGAAUAUCCCACAAUCCACAAAAGAUUUUUAUUUUAGAGAGUUUGAGGUACGCAAUAUAUUAUGCAUUCUAACAAAGAUAUAAUGUCUUAUAAUCUAUGUUGUAUUAUACAUGUGUUUUUUAAAUUAAUUUACAUAAAGAAUUUCAUUGGGAUGAGGGAAGUGCUGCAAUAGUGAGGAAGGCAUGGAAUAAAAAAGCAGCUACCCGAUACAAAGACUUUCUGACAAAUGAAAAGAAGAAAAAAAAGAGGAGUGCUUAUAUAUCAAUUGAAGUUUGGGAUAAAUGGAAUUUAGAUUGGAGUACUCCAGAGUAUGUAGCAAAGUCAACGAAGUACUCAAAGAACCGCCUAACAGAGAAGGGAGGUGAAGGAGCUAGUCCUUCUAAACAUACAGGUGGGUCCAUAACACAUGAGGAGCAUGCUAGACGCAUACAAAAUGCUAAGACAGACAAAGCUCCUCCAACAGCAGCUGAGUUGUUUCUCCACACCCAUACAAAGAAGAGUGAUCGCAACAAAUUUGUUGAUAAACGAGCUGAAAUUGUUUAU